UGAACUAAGCCACACAACGCUGUCAUCCAACCAGAAGCGAACAGCUCCGCAGAACGCCAUUGGCCGCGGCUUGUGUGUGCUGUACAGCCUGAUUUCGCGAUUCCCAAACGCGUUUGCGACGUGAUUAGUGGUUGUUUUUGGUGAAGUAGAGUAGCGAAUGCGCAUUCAACCUACGCAGACACCCCAGAGCAGCGGGACCCAGGAAAUAAUGCACAUUCGUGUAAUACUUCUGUAGUUUGGACACAGUCAUGAUGAUGAUGUUGGAAAGUAUUUCCAGAAUAAUAAAAGUACAGCUUCCAGCCUACCUCAAGCGGCUGCCCAUUCCAGAAACUUUAACGGGCUUUGCAAAGCUCACAGUUUCAGAGUGGUUACGCCUACUUCCAUUGCUUGGCAUUCUUGCUCUCCUUGGGUACAUCACCAUUCGUCCUUUCCUUCCAAAAAAGAAAAAACAGAAGGACAGUCUUAUUAAUUUGAAGAUUCAGAAAGAAAACCCAAAAGUUGUAAAUGAAAUCGACAUUGAGGAUCUUAACAGUCCUAGUGCCUGUUACUGCAGGUGUUGGCGAUCGAAAACAUUUCCCGUUUGUGAUAAGUCUCACAUAAAACAUAAUGAGUUGACGGGAGAUAACGUGGGACCACUAAUUCUUAAGAAGAAAGUGCUAUAAUGUGGAACCAAUUUCAUUUCUGUUCUUAUCUGUUUGUCCAAACUUCUCAGAGCUGUUGAAAUGAACUUAAAAUGUGAUAUUUGUGUGUGUGUGUGUAUUUGUAGUGUUUUUUCAUUCCUUGUCAGAAUUACUUUUUGUGUUUAUAAGUGCAGUUUUGCUCUUCAGCACCUAAGUAAGAUAAAUGAGAGACAUUAAUCUCACAGCUCAUUUUAUUUUUGUUGAGAGACUGAGAGAGAUUUUUAAAUUUCUGCGUAAGAGUUGACAGUAAGCCUUCUUGUUAAGCUUUAAAAACUAGCCUUUUUAAAAACAUAUGUUUGGUAGAGCCACCUUAAGAAGUGGUCUUUGAAACACUAAGCUUAAGGGGCAAUACUAUAGUACUUUUAGCACUAAUAUACCUUAAAUUAAGAUGUUUUAAACAUAAUAGCAUGUGUAUUGGUUUGUCAGCAGCUUGUGUGUUGUAUCCAAGAACAGCUUUCUAUGCUGUGUUAUGGAUGAGGGUUGACUAGUAACUUGGUCUCUCUUUCCUGUAGAAUUUUUUUUUUUUUUUUUAGACAGUGUGGAAAGGAUCCAUUAGAAGUAUCACUGCAAAAAAUGCAAAGCAACAAAUUUUUUAGAUCCUUGUUAAAAUUGUAACACCCAACUCUGUGUUAAUAACAAAGAUACCUAUAACAGCUAUUGAGAAACUGGGCAAAUCUGGAGAAGCAGAUGUGUGGUAAUGUAUAAAUUCCAUGUGGAUAAGAAUGGAAAGUUCUAAAGAGAAUUUUUUCCUACAGAAUAUAUGGAUCUACUUUAUCUGAUACAUUUAUUCCCAAUGAAUGCCACAGUGUGAGUGGAGGCCAUCUGUUUGAGUUUCCUGUGAUGGACUGACAUCUCAUUCAGGGUUGGUUCCUGCCUUUUACUGCAUGUAUUAGCACUUUAGUCCAUUCAACCCUGUAAUGGGUAAACAAAAUUCCAAAUGAUGAAUGGACAAAUUCUGUAGUAUUAUUUCAGGAUCCUCUGUUGAAAAAUUUCAUUUGAUUCCAUGACAUGAUAAACUCAUUUGAUUUCAAGCUGUUGUAGACUUUUAAUAAAAACUUGUGUGGUUAUGGUAGUACUAUAUGCAAAGAGAGAGAGCUUUGAAUUAGUAAUAAAUGAUACAGUAGGUAUUGUGCACUAUUGUCAAAUUUCUCUUAACUUAUUAGUGCUUGUUUAAUAAGCUAGAGUAAUAUUUUAAAAAUUGACAAAUAUUGAUGUGAAUUUUAAAUGUUAAUCCCUCUAAAGUUAUGUACAGAGGGAGGAAACAUUACUAGAUGUGGCCAAAAGUGGAAGAAAUACAUGCUGUCAAACUCGAUGUGAAGAGCAGUUUCUUAUCUGGUCCACAUGAGACUAUUUACAGAAACAGAAGUGUUUCUAGGUAUUUAUUUAGUUCUGCUGUGGGUGAAAUGCGUUACUUUUUUUAGUUUUGUACUUAAUUUGGUUUUGUUUUGAGUAAAUAUUUUAAAUGUGCCUUUUAUCCUGCUGUAGAAUUGUAAAAAGAGUGACAAAAGGUUGAUGUUUUAGUGUGUAUUUACAGUGUGUAUGUAUACACUAUAUAUUAUAUAAUUGACAAGAGCAAUUAAUAGGGUUGGGUACGAUAAUUUUUUUAACUGUGAUCAUUCCACCAGUUCACUAAGUGAAAAAGACAAAAUAUAGUGUAUAUUAACAGACUUCAGAAAUAAGAGUGAUUUAGUUGUUGAGAAAACUUUCACAUCAUUUUGCAGAAAUGCAGAGUAUCAAGUACAUUAAAGCACAUUCAGAUGUUAAGUAUUUAGCAUAACUGAAUUAUUUUAUGUUUAUAUCAUGUAUAAAUCCCAAGUCCUAGGAUUUUUCUGUUGUAUAUGUUUCAGUUAAGUUCAAAGGCUAACUUUACCAGAUUUGUCUUUCAGUAAUUGUGCUGCAGGCAACUGUUUACAUUGUAGUUAGUGUUUUAUUCUUAUAUGUAUAAUGUUUUGAAGAACUAUUUAGAGAAUAAAAAUUAUUUGUGCUUUUA